GUUUUACCGACGAUUACCUUGGUCCAGUCGGUUCCAAUUUCAACUUCAAGUUCAACUUCAUAGUUCAAGUUACCACCACAUGAAAGUAUGGACAGAUGAUGAACUUGAAUCUUUAUUUCAACAGAAUUUCAGCUUGGGUAUUGUAGAUGGCGUACUCAUACUGUGCUGCUGAAAUUGAGAUGAUCAUUCAAGAUACCAGGAAAAAUAAGGACUGGCGGAGAGAGGGAGAAAUAUGUGACGGUGUCCAGAACGAAGCAAAGUGUGUCCCAACUCGUUUGAAAGUUCCACUGAAACAUCAUGAUCAUGUAGAUGCAGAAAUUGUAGUGGGAAGUCAACAGGAAGAGGUGCCUGAAGUCUGGAAAGAUGAGAUCAUGAACCAUUCUGCAGAGGGAAAAGAUGGGGUCGUGAAAGAGUCUUCAGCAGAGAGAGAUGGGGUCACAAAUCAGUCUGCAGAGGAUGGAGUUGGGGUGGUGAACCAGUUUUCAGAGGUGAGAGAUGAGUUCGUGAAGCAGUCUGACGAGGAGAGAGAUGGGGUCAUUAACCAGUCUGUAGAGGAUAGUGAUGAGGUCAUGGAACAGAAUUCAGUUAAGAGAGAUAAAGUUACAAACCAGUCUCCAGAGCAUAGAGAUGGGAUCAUGAACCAGUCUACAAAGGAGAGAGAUGGGGUCACAUCCCAGUAUUCAGAGGAAAGAGGUUAAAUCAUAAAGGACUCUGCAGAGGAGAGAGACAGGGUUGUGAACCAAUCUGUAGAGGAGAUGGAUGGGGUAUCAAACCAUUCAUCUAAAAGGGCAGAUGACAUCACUGAGCAGUCUUCAGAGAAUAGAGAUAGGUUCGUGAACCAGGUUACAGAGGAGAGUGAUGACGCCUCGAGGGGGCAUUCUACAGAAAAGCAAGUAAAAGAGAACUCUGAAGAUUGCUCUUCAGCUUCUGAAUCGUUCAUCAGUAUUCAAGUCCGCUGUACCAGGGCAUUUGCAGAUGAUGGCGAAUUGUUUAGGUGGGGUCUGUAUGGAAAACCGGAAUAUCCAGACUCCUUUGACGAACAAAGCGAUACAACUACCAAUGACAUUGAGAGAGACGUUUCAGGUCUAUCGUUGACUGGAGACCUGUCUGAAGGAUCGGAUCAUGAUGUUUCAGGGGUAAAAGUUGAGGAGGAUAAUGACUUUGAAGACUUUGAUGGGGUAAAGGAGAUUAGGCCAUACCACGUGUCGUUCAUGAACUUCACAGGCGAGUAUGAAGGUCAGGAGAAAGUCAUGAAGGACAUGGGACUUCCUCUGAGCUUUGUCCGUUCACCAAGAGACUGUGAAGAAGAGGACGAGGGCACAUUCAAGCUGAGGACCAAACCAAACAAAGGAAAGAAGAGUAAGAGAAAGGGGAAAAAUCACCGGAACAAACAUAGAUCUCAGGAUCACCAGGAAGUCAGUUCCUCCUAUAUCCAAAAUCCAGAUGAGAACGGUACUAACUGCAACUCUCAUGGCACAGAAGUCGUAAAUGGUGAUCUUGGGGAUGAUGCAUCAAGAAGCCUGGAAGGAUUCAGUGAGGCAUAUGGUUUGUCUGGACAUGGUGAUGUGUCUGAGGAUAUCUCCACCUGGGAGGAGUACUGGGAGAAGUUUGGACAUGGUCUUGUCUGGCAAGGGUGGCUAGAGCUUCAUCCAGAGUUUGGAGAAGCGGAGUCUUCCUGUAGUAACCACGAGGGGUGUCCAGAUGCACAGGAUGAGAAGGAUCCCGAUGGAGUGCUUGUGAAGAUAUCAGGAGAAGUAGAUGAUGUGCUUAUAAAGAAUAAGAAAUGCCAAGACGUUCUUGAUGAAUGCCCUCAGGAGCAUGUUGAUGCUGAUGUCUGUCUGCUUCUUGCACCUUGCCAAAAUGAAGAUAUCCCCACCCAAGCAAAUGAGGUAUCAGAGGAAAAUGUGCAUCCUUGUUCUGACUUUGGGAGCUUUGAACUUGACAAUCCAUUGGCUGGCAUUAGGCCAGGUCAAGUCAUCAGUGGUAGAGUGUUGGAUAGUGAUGACAUUGUUCCACAGAAAAGCUGCAUAACUUUAGGGGAAACUGAUGGGACUGUCCUCAUCCACCCGCUGCCCCAAAGUAACGGAACAAGCGCAACCUCUGAAAGUGAAGAGAUUCAACAAAGUUGUCAGAGAAAUGCUGCCAAGGAAACCAACCUGAAUGGUGAUGAAAUUGGUGACAGCUCACAGGAUGCUGCACUGACUGAAGCUCACUCCAAAUGGACUCUGGAAUUGAUUGAGGAAUGGGACAAGCACUCCAGCGAGACGUACUGGUAUUAUCAUCACUGGUUCCACUCUUGGCAGGAAGUGCUUCAAGGGGAGGGUGAAGCAGUUCAAGAGAUUCCUCAAGAUAAUGUUAAUGAAGUUAGUAGUUGUACUCAAGCUGAAGAACAUGUUCUUCCUGCUAGUGCCUCUGACCUAAAAGAAAAUGCAGGUGAUGGGAUUCCUGAAGAAAACAGAAUUUCUGUUGCCCAAGCAGAUGGAAGUAUUGUAGGUUCCAAUGGCACCAAAGGACAGGACUGCGACACCAGGAUUUCUCAAGGGAACAAUAUUGAAGCCAAUGGGAUGUUCGAUUGUGAGCCUGCUGAAACUUCAAUAACAUCAGAUCAUCCAAAGCUAUCUGACAACGAUUGCACUGUGAGUGAGUUCAAUGUAGAUAGCAGUAACAAUAAACAGAGCCAUGAUGAAUCAAGGAUGUCCAUUAGUUGUGGAGAGGGUGAAAAAGAGAUUAUCAUGAAGGAAGUAGAUCCCACACUAAAUCUGGCAUCAGAAUUGGUAUCUUGCAACACUAAUGGACUGUCUGAUGUUGUAGGUGUAAACCCCAUCCAGACAUCCCCUAAUCAUCAGGUACACAUGGCUGUAAGGACCAAUGAACGAAGAACCAUAGAGACAGCCACAGAGUCCACCAGUAAGGAUUUUGCUUCAACAGUUCUGCAGGAACAAUCACCCGGUACAAGUCCAUCAGAAGACAUACUGGAUGAAAGUACACUGGUUGCUGAGGAGAAACAGGUAUCGGAGGUAGACUCAAAGACAGAUCAGCAUGAAGAAAAGCUAAGCCACAGCCUACAUGCAGAUCAAGAAAAUGGUAUUGUCUUCCCAGAUGAAGAGGAUAGUGGUGUCAUGAGACAGAUGGGACUUCCAUCAAGCUUUGGCAAGGAUGUGCCCCAAGGAAGAGAGAUGAAAGGUGGAGGGAAGAAACGGAAACAAAACUCCAAGAAUUCUAGGACUGAUUCCAGUGAGAGCACCAAUGGUACUUCAUCAUCCAUGUUGGUAAAUAAAGAUUUACAAUCUACAAGCAGUAACCAUGGUGAUGAUGAUGAGGAUGAGCCUCCAGGAAAAUCACAAUUUAAGACAAAAAGGAGUCAUGAGCUGGAUGCAGAUGAGCUUGGUACAGCAUACACCAAAGUCUUCCAGAAGCUAGGCUUCAGUUGUGACCCUGCAUCUCAUAGAUUCAAGAGUCAGAAGCCAUUCCAAAAGGCCAAAGUCCUCUACUUCAACAAACGGCUGAAGGAGAGUCACGACCCUGACCUUAACUUGAGGAAGAAGCCGCUCCACAUCAGAUUCAGUGAUGAAGAUUCCAUCGAUGAAAGGUAUGAAGACGUCGACAAUGACGAGGGAACAAAUGCAAGAACUUCAAAGGAAGGAACUGGCAAUGAUGUUGAGGGUGGAGGGCAGAGGAAUAAACUCACCUGUAAGGUUGGCAUGAGCAAUGUCCUAGGCAAGGUGAGGGGGUUCCUGGAGAGGGAAGAAGACUUGGAUGACAUCGGUGUCAGUUUCAAUGGUAAUGAUAAAGAUGAGGACUCAGACGACGGUGGUGAGAGUGGUGCAUCAGAUCUUGAUGCAAACAUAGGAGCUUCACCGGAGGAUAUGGCAGAAGACAAGACUGAUGGGAGAUUGUCUUCUGAGAAUGUAAGCGAAUGCCAUGGUGACGUUUUGUUAGAACGUCAAGAUAAAGGUGUCCCUUGCAACAAGGAGGUAGAUAAGACUAUUGAUGAUGGAUCAAAUGUUAAGGAUGUUAAUGUGGAUGAAAAAGGAGAUGCUGGACCAACAGACCGACAAGAACUUAAGGAACCUGAACAGAACACAUCAAGCAUAGUUGAGACAAUAUCAGAUAAAUCUGAGAGAACAGAGAACAUAGCUGAAAGAAAAGCUACAAAGACGGAAGAAAAGACUAAAGGAAAGAAUGGAAGACAUCGGAAGCACGCUCCAAAGCAUAACAUUGCUGGAGGUAGUAAGGAACUGAACAAGUAUUGGGCUCAGCGGUACAGACUUUUCUCAAAGUUUGAUGAAGGCAUCAAGUUGGAUGCAGAGGGCUGGUAUUCUGUGACACCCGAGAGGAUAGCUGAACAUCAAGCAGAAAGGUGCAGGUGUGACUUGAUCGUUGAUGCCUUCUGUGGGGCCGGGGGCAACGCUAUCCAGUUUGCCUUUACAUGUGAACGAGUGAUAGCAGUAGACAUCGACCCCGCCAAGAUCGAGUUAGCCCGACACAACGCUGCGGUCUACGGGGUGGAGGAUCGCAUCGAUUUCAUCGUUGGGGACUUCUUCAAGGUGGCAGAUGACCUGAAAGCAGACGUGGUGUUCUUGAGCCCUCCCUGGGGUGGGCCCAAGUACCUCAAGUCCGACGUCUUUGAUGUUUUCACCAUGAUGGACAUUGAUACUGCAGCCAUGUUUGAGAAGGCCAGGUGCAUCUCAGAAAAUAUUGGUUUCUUUGCUCCAAGGAAUGCUAAUGUUGACCAGUUGGCUUCCCUCGCUGGACCAGGAGGGCGCAUGGAGAUUGAGCAGAACUUCUUGAACAAGAAAAUAAAAACCAUCACAGCCUACUAUGGAGAGCUUGUAGGAGGAUCAUGAUUUUGAUUUUUUUUUUAAUCCAUUCAGUGCUGGACUCUCCAUUCCCAUAGGGUUGCACAAGAAACAUCCAGUUCCAGUGUUCAAGAGGUUAAUUGUAUGGGUAUUCAGGAGCUGUCUGGGGCUCGUAGCCUGAAAGUGAUUGACUAUAAUCCCAAGAUCAUCAUCCAGUGUUAACUACCAUAGUAACGAUCCUCAACAGCCAAUCACAAGAAUUCCUUUGGAGGUAUAUACCGUUGUAUGCUUAAAGUUACCAUGGUAAUGUUUAUGCAAUGGGUCCAGUAGAGGUGUUGUGGCUCAGUGGAUA